AUGGUCGCCGUAAUUCUGGGUAUUUUGACGAUCAAGGGCGUUUCCAGUGCUUUCAUGUUCACCUUGAUGCUGCUUCCGCUGGUCGGUGGUGUCCUUCGUUUCAAAAGUGAAUGGGGAGUGGUGCUCACUCAUGUUGUGUUGCACACACCAUGCUAUGGAAUGGCGAUCUAUCUAUCGUCGCUGGUUCUAUCAAUUUUCAUUCCAAUUAUGGGCCGUACUGGAACGAAUCCUGAAUUAAUCGUGGCAGCUAUGACUAAUUUCUCGGCAUUCAUUAUCGUGUUCUCAUUGGUUGGGAAGACUCUUUUGAAACUCUUUGAACUCCUUAACAUUGGUGACAAUUUCUCCAAAAUAGAGUGCGUGUACGACAAUCCAUACUGCGAGAUACCGCUUUAUUUCCCAACACGGAACCGUAUUCAAGAGAGGCAUAUUCGUUACAAGACUGUGGACGAGACGCUGACGCUACCGGACACGAAAGUCACUUUGAUUCACAAAUCAGAAGACGAAAAGAAGCUUGUCUAUGAUUUUGUAGUGAGAGGUGGUAAUCAAAUGUCGAUAUUUAUGGUACCGCAAAGUGGUUGGCGCAUUGCCAACUGUACCUUGUCGGCUCCACGAAAAGAGUUGGACGAUCGACCACUUUUCCUGUUCUUCACCUGCAAUGGCGAUAAAUGCGGAGAAUUUGGAUUCCAGCUGACGUUAGGGCACCCCGGUGUACCGAACGGCGACGACGAUUCGCAGUUGCUGCUUGGUGUUGCCAGCCAUUACCUGUACGGACAAUACAUGCAGUCACAUACCAUCAGGCGCCUUCUUUCCGACAUCACCAAGAGACGGCAAAACGAUUCCGCUUGGGCGAUUACGGCCAGCGCGUGGAAUGUUGACUUGAUCUAUCAGUAUUAUUAG